AAGUACGAACAUGUUUUGGUGUAACACACAACAACCGUGUGGGGCUCCGAGUUCUCCUUAUGCGACAUGUGUAUGUCAAAACGUUAUCCAGAUGCCCGUUUAAACCAACCGUGUACUUCCUCGAAACCCUUCUAGCCGCGUCCAAAACAUGAGUGGGUCUAAGCCGGACAUCCUGUGGUCUCCUCACCACCCGGACCGCUACGUCAUCUGCGAUUCGGAGCUGGGACUGUACAGCAUCGGCCCGGUGGGCAGCGCGGAGGCCAAGCCGGGCACCCUGUCGCUGUCCGAGGAGACCGCCGCCACUUUGCUGGCCAUCAACUCCGACACGCCGUACAUGAAAUGCGUGGCCUGGUACCCGAAGCACGAGCCCGAGUGUUUGCUGGCCGUGGGCCAGGCCAACGGCAGGGUGGUGCUCACCAGCCUGGGCCAGAGCCACAACUCCGCCUGCAAAGAGCUGGUGGGGAAAGAGUUCGUCCCCAAACACGCUCGCCAGUGCAACACGUUGGCCUGGAACCCGGUGGACAGCAACCUGCUGGCCGCCGGUCUGGACAAGCACCGGGCGGAUUUCUCUGUCCUCAUAUGGGACAUCAGCAGUAAGUUUGCCCCGGAGAGCGGCGUGGCCGCGGAGAAAAUCCGCAUGUCGUCCGUGGACCUGGACUCCGGCAGCAUAGUGACCAAGCCGCUGUACGAGCUGGGCCAGAACGACGCCUGCCUGUCCCUGUGCUGGCUGCUGCGGGACCCCAAGCUGCUGCUGGCGGGGAUGCACCGCAACCUGGCCAUUUUCGACCUGAGGAACACCAGCCAGAAGACCUUCGUCAACACCAAGGCCAUCCAGGGCGUGGCGGUGGACCCGCACUUCCACGACCGCGUGGCCUCUUUCUUCGAGGGCCAGGUGGCCAUCUGGGACCUGAGGAAGUUCGAGAAGCCGGUGCUCACGCUCACAGAGCAGCCCAAGCCGCUCACCAAGGUGGCGUGGUGCCCGACCCGCACCGGGCUGCUGGCCACGCUGACCCGCGACAGCAACAUCAUCCGCCUGUACGACAUGCAGCACGCCCCCACGCCCAUCGGGGACGAGACGGAGCCCACCAUCAUCGAGCGGAGCGUGCAGCCCUGCGAGAGCCAGAUCGGCAGCUUCGCCUGGCACCCCUCCUCCCAGAACCGCAUGGUGGUGGUGUCGGCCGCCAACCGCGUCAUGACCGACUUCACCGUGUUCGAGCGCAUCUCGCUGGCCUGGAGCUCCACCACCUCGCUCAUGUGGGCCUGCGGGAGGCACCUGUACGAGUGCGCCGAGGACUCGGCCGCGGGGGCGGAGGGCGCCGCCGAGAAAGACGUGGCCACCAAGAUGCGGCAGAGGGCCCAGUCCAGGUACGGCCACGACACCGUCCAGGUCUGGAGGAACCACCUGCUGGCGGGGGGGAGCGACCCCGAGCUCAAGUCUCUCUGGUGUGACCUGUUCUAUAUGAAGCAGUGUUCAGAGGACAUGGAGCUCAAACUGCAGGGAAACAAACAUUCUCUGGUUUAUUCUGGCAUCAAGAACAUCAUCAAGACCAGCUCAGGGACCACGGAGAGCCGGCGGUGCUGGGCGGGCUCUGACCGGCAGACGGACGUCCCGCGCUUCCACAGCGAGGAGCGCUGCCUGGCCCUGCGGCUGUGCGGCUGGAUCAGCCGGGGCUCCGACAUCGACGUGGACACCUUCCUGCGCUCGCUGGAGCAGGAGCGCGAGUGGGAGCGGGCGGCCGCCAUCGCCCUCUUCAACCUGGACAUCCGCCGCGCCAUCCAGAUCCUCAACAAGGGCGCCACCACGGAGAAGGGUGACCUGAACCUGAACGUGGUUGCCAUGGCGCUGUCGGGCUACACGGACGAGAAGUCCUCCCUGUGGAGGGAGAUGUGCAGCUCCCUGAGGCUCCAGCUGAAGAACCCCUACCUCUGCAUCAUGUUUGCCUUUCUCACCAGUGAGCCCGGAGCCUACGACGGCGUGCUGUAUGAGGCCAGCGUUGCCGUGCGGGACCGGGUGGCCUUCGCCUGCAUGUUUCUCAGCGACGCGCAGCUCCCGCGAUACAUCGACAAACUGACCAACGAGAUGAAGGAGGCCGGCAACCUGGAGGGCAUCCUGCUCACAGGGCUGACCAAAGACGGCGUCGACCUCAUGGAGAGCUACGUGGACAGAACCGGGGACGUUCAGACGGCCAGUUUCUGCAUGCUGAAGGGUUCUCCAAGUGAAGUGUUGAAAGACCCGCGAGUCCAGUGCUGGAUAGAAAACUACCGCAAUUUGCUGGACGCGUGGAGAUUCUGGCACAAGCGGGCCGAGUUCGAUAUCCUCAGAGGCAAGCUGGACCCCAGCUCCAAACCACUGGCACAGGUGUUUGUGAGCUGCAACUUCUGCGGGAAGUCCAUCUCCUACAGCUGCUCGGCGAUGCCCCACCAGGGCCGCGGCUUCAGCCAGUACGGGGUCAGCGGCUCCCCCACCAAGUCCAAAGUCACCAGCUGCCCCGGCUGCAGGAAACCGCUGCCCCGCUGUGCCCUCUGCCUUAUGAACAUGGGCACGCCUGUUUCCAACUGCCCAGGAAGCGGGAAAUCGGAUGAGAAAGUGGACCUGACAAGGGAGAACAAACUAGCCAAGUUCAACAACUGGUUCACCUGGUGUCACAACUGUCGCCACGGCGGCCACGCCGGUCACAUGCUCAGCUGGUUCAGAGACCACACAGAGUGCCCAGUGUCGGCCUGUACGUGUAAAUGCAUGCAGCUGGACACCACAGGAAACCUGGUGCCUUCAGACAGCAGCUAAACAGGAGGCGCUUGUUGGAAACCGAAGGCAAACGCCAUCCCGAAGCCGAGCGGUGCGCGUCGACUUCUGCGCUCGCCACACGCCGACCACCGGGCGCCCGGGCCAGCCGGGCCCAUCUUUGAAGUUGCUGCUUGAACGGAAAAAAAAAACAAAACAAUAUUUUCAGAUAAUAACCUAGCGAAUGUCAUCUAAUAACAGAGCUCUAUUUGAAGAAGGGAAGCAGCGUGGGUUACUUGAUGUGACUAAUUGAACUAAUUGCUAAAAGGGAGCUAACGCUAACUCAGUGCUCUGUGAAUGAAGAUUACACUCAGGAGAAACAUACAAGAGGCUCAUCUGUAAUCGGCCUCUUCCAAUCUAACCUGAAUCAGGAUUCUUUGUUUAACAGUGAUCUGUUUGAUUAAAAAAAAUAAUAAUCUAAUGUCCUCUCAAACAUCACGUCAUAGCGUGACCGCAGGUGCCAUUAUGUCCGAAGUCUAUUUUUCUCUUGUGAUUUAAUGGCUGUUUCAUGUGUUUUUGCUUUUCUAAUGGGAAGAUCUCUACAUACCUCAUAAGAGCAUUUUUCAGGGUGGCAGCACCAGCCUCUUCACGCCCCCCCUCUGCCGCUCUUCAUCGGGCAUCGGGCAUUCAGCCUGAGGGACAGGGGUUUCGGG